ACGCUUGAAAUGUAUAAUUCCAUUUUACUUUUAAUUGCAUAGGUUUCAUAUUCCAUUCUAAUUUUGCAGUUUGUAUUGUGAUAGAACCGUUUUGUUUGGGAGAAAUUAAGUUGGUCACUUAAAGGAAGGACCUUUAGCUAUCCGAAUUCAUUGUCGACACACGGAGCGUAUUCAUGAGGAAAACAUUCACCAUUGCUGCAAACAUCCUGAUGGUCACAAUGAUGUCACGGAAAUGUGUGCCAAGCAAACCAACUUUAAACUGCCGAAUCCCAAUGAAGAGGCCAUUGAAGAUGUCACAGUAGAUCAGGCAAUGGUUGGAACUUGUUGGGCCAAGUGCGUCUUCGAUCAUUAUAAUCUGAUGGAGAAUAAUACCCUGGAUAUGGCUAAGGUGCGCCACUACUACAAAAGAUACCACAAAAUAGAUCCGGAGUAUGAAACGGAAAUGCUAAAUGCCUACGAAAGUUGUCACUCAAAAUCUGAGGAUGCCACCGAGCAGUUUUUGUCGCUACCAAUUGUUAGAGCCUUUGCCACCUCCAAAUUUUGUAAACCAACCUCAAGCAUUAUAAUGUCAUGUGUUAUCUACCAUUUCUUUCACAAUUGCCCAAAGAAUCGAUGGUCCAACACCACCGAGUGCGUAGAAACUUUGGCCUUUGCUAAGAAGUGCAAAGAUGUGCUGACAACAAUGUAAAAGUAUGUAUAUUCAAAAGCAAAUGUGUUUAACAAAAAUAAAGAUAUCUGACACCCAA